AUGACGAUAGCGGUGCGGGGUCUACGGCGGAUUCACGCAGCACUAUUGCAGAAGGAACAUGAAACCUGUGAUUUCUGGAGUGACACCGGAUACAGAGAAGAUACCGUGACAACGUCGCCAGGUGCCCGAGACACGACGGAAACGAUUGCGGAAGAGGCAUACGACAGUCAGACCGGCCAGAGCGACUAUUCUCAAGCAGACUCUAUUCACGGCAUUAGCGCGGCUAAGAAUGCGUUGGAAUCUACACGGAAAAACGAGCAUCAAAACGAAGACCGGAGGCUCUUACAAUGGUCCAGCGCAGAGUGUGAGAGUCCGAAGGCUGACCAAGAGCAAAUUCGUCGUGAAAAUGCAGCGAAGACGCUCCAGCAGCGGUGGCGACAGCGUUGCCUGUCGGCUGCAUUGGACUUUGAGGCUUUGGUCUGCUGCAUUCGACACAUUCGGACUUUGGCUGCUGUCGAGAUCCAACGUAUCUACCGAGGAUCUCGUCUUCGAAGGAUUCUCAAAGAAGAACUGCAUUGUCUUAUCUUGACACUUCGUGAAGAGGACGUCGUCCAGGCGGAUGGCGAAGGUGACGCUUCGAGAGAGAGAGGACGCGGUGAUCGAGAAGGCUUGAGGAGUGUCGAGCUUAUUGGAGCCUUUGGAGACCACCCUUGGGAAGAGCGAAUUCGUAUGCGGUUCUGCUCCGUACGGAGAUGCUAUACUGCUGCAAGGCCGUAUACAGUAGGACGACAUCUGUUCAAGUUUAUUGUUGACAACAUCUACCGAUGCAGCUCGCAGUAUGCCCAGGUUGCAGAUCCAGACGGAAAUAUGAACAACUAUAUCGACGUCUCAGAACCGGUUCCUCCUGCUCUCUGCCUCGUUCCUCGUUUUCCCUGGCCACUUGCCCGCUCGUUCCGGUGCGGGGGACCCCCGUCUGUUGUGGACCUUUGUGGAACCCUUUCAAAGCACGUUUUUUCUCCUCAAGCAGAACAAGGGGAAGAAAACCGAAAAACUGAUGCUGCGAAUGAUAGUGGAGACAGUAUGCGCGAUCGGUGGAGGCAGGAGAGCAAAAAUGGCGAGAAAAGCUGUAGCAAAGAAACGAGAAGUAAUAGAAACGUUGCAUGUGGGAAACCGUCCACCGUUCCGGUUUCAAAGGACCAAACGGGUGGGCACAACUCUCCGCGAUUACACUGUCAUGGAAACGGUGAAGCAGAACUUGGUGAUGGGAAGAGUGAAGCGGACGGGGUCGAGACGUCCACGCGUGAAAAUUUUGUAGAGAGCCUGGAAGUCCAGACGAGCUCCCAGAACGUGGACACGAGGACCGGAGAUCAGCCUGCAGAGGCUCAGUUGGGCGAUGAAUCGCUGCGAUCCUCAAUCACUUUACCGGAAACAACAAGACGGUUUUCGCUCUCUCUCCCACUCCGAAGCCACACAGGUCGUUGCCAGAAAGUGAACGCCCAAGAAGGACAAGAGGACAAUGAAGUCAGGCUAGUUUGCUCUCUGGAGACACCACUGAGUAGGGUGCCGACGCUCAGUGUAUUGCCGGAGGCAGCGGAGCGGAUAAAUUCGCGCGACGGAGAGGAGCCAGCAGGUCACCCAGCCGGAGUGUCGGAAGAAGGCUCUGUGCAGCGACUUCUCUGCGGUCACACUGAUGAAGAAAAUCCAGAAAUGUUGGCAGACUUGGACGAUGUAGUUGCUCCUCUUCUCCGCUUUCCCCGAUGGUCAGCUCUCGGUCGGCGAGAAAGGCAUGAGAGAAGUUCUCGCAUUCUUCCGGCCCUCUGGCGAACCGCUUUGAGCAGAAAGUCUUCUGUCGAAAAUUCACCGCCAGGACGGGGCUGCAACGCCGCAACGAAUGUCUCUGUCUCUUCUUUCCCUGCAGCUAAGGAGAAAUGUAAAGACUGCGGCAGUGGCCACAGCCCCAGCGACGGUUCGCAGACCUCUCGGUCCCCAGCGUUGCCAGAAUGGGCUUGGAACACAACUCGCGUUUGGUCGCCGAGUCCUCGUCAAGUCGCCGCCCGGAUACACUUUGGCGGAGACGCUGUCGGGGAAAGUUUCCGUGAAGGAGACUGCGGUUGUGAAAGCCUAUUUAGACGCGCACAAGCGCCAGACAAAGCAAGCCACAGUAAUCCCUCUUGUUUUCAUGGUUUUGAGGCCGAAGACAAACCGGGAAAGGACAUGAGCUUCGACACUCUCCAUCAGGUCGAAAAACAUUCCACGUUCUCCUCGCCGGGAAGUGUUCAGAGCGCAAGCGACACGCGAGAUUCUCUGAUUUGCACAUCUGAGCAGCCUCUGGAAAAAAGAAUGAGACACAGACAGGGAGAUUCAAAAAGACGAGCGCAGAGUUUACCUGCAUGCCACCACAGGCAAAAUACGGUUUCAUGUCUCGUAGAAACCGUCACCAAGCUUCAGCCGCGAAGAAGGGGAAGCCUUAUCGCACCGGAUUCGGAUACCAUUGCAUCACUUGACAGUGGAGGUGGGGUGUCUGUAUACCUCAACGAGCCCAGCAUGGACGCGACUGAGGCGCUCGCGUUAGCUGAUGUGGCCAGUGUUUCUCAGUCGUCGGAAGAAUCCCGAGGGCGCCAGAAUACGACAAACGUUUUGGUUUUCGAUGGCACCGUAUCGGCGCUCGUUGUUCCUGGUCUGGAAGGAGGUGGUGUUGCCUCGAAGAGUUGCGGGAGUCGAGUCGCCGAUCUCAACGAAUCGAAAAGGGAGGCCCACCCCGACGCUGUACACACACUUGGGGCGAAAGGCUCGGUUUCACUCGACAGAAAUCCGUCGCUGUCAUAUGCCGUAGUGAGCAGCGAAGGACACAGACACUCUUCAGAAGCAGGAAACGAGAGCUCAUGUGUGCUUCUGGUUGGCCCACGUCCAUCUGAAGGGGAAGGGGAGCAACUAAUAGAAAGCGACCCGUUCGCCGGAGCGAGCGACGGAGUAAAAGUUUGUAGGCGUUCCGGUGCGUCAGCGGAGGCCACUGACGGGUCAGAAAUGCAGAGCAGAUCAACCCAGAAACAAAGACAGGAGACUUCAGCCUGCUCGUCUUCAGAUGGGCUUUCGCGUGGAACAGCAGUGUUGAGAAAACAAACGUCUUUUAGUGAUCUGCCUGUCUCACGCCUGCGCGAGGAGAUUCAGCGGCAAAAGGAGAAAGGCAGGAGUGACAUACUUAUUCAGGGCAAAGGGAGGUUCUCGGGUGUCAGUCUUCCAGCGAAUAUCAGUCCCCAAUGUGGUGAGCUGGACGGGAUGAACCGGUUAACAAGAGAACCGUUUCAAAACCGUAAAAAGGCAGCCAGUGCGGACUGGUCUGUAGAAUUCGCGGCUACGCACAUGGAGGAGCGCUGUGAGCAGUUUGUCGAACAUGAAAGUAAACUUGUGGGGUGGAAGAGAGAGGAAACUCAGGAAAAGGAGUCUGUUCGCGGCAAGGAUCAGAGCGGCAAUGCCCUAUUAGUGGUGGAGGAAGCGAAGCUUCGACGUCCCUGUGGCCGCUUGCCUCCACUUGCCUUGGAAAAGCUGUUGUUUACAGCUGCUCUGAAGAUUCCGGAGAAGUGCAUCCACUCCGCGAUUUCUCAAUCGAUGCCGAUUGCCUGGCUCCGAGGGAUUCAAGAAGAAACAACGAGCAAAGUGCUCUGCAGAGUGGCAGCUCUACGGAGGCCCACGCCGUCAGACAGCCCGCAUCCGUGUGGCAUGCAAGAGCUGGGUGGAGGUCGGUGAGAUGGAACGUACAGUGUGUGAAAGAGCUCGCCCGUGAAAGAGAGCAUUUCGAACAAGUUACAUGAAGGAGAGCUUC